AUGCAGUCCAAGAUGAUGUCAGGGACUACGGCCACAUGGGAGAAUUUCCUUGUGGAAUUUGAUAAGAAGUACUUCCCCAACUUCGUCCAAGAAGGGAAGGAAGUAGAAUUCAUCCAGCUGCAACAAGGGACGAUGUCGAUAGAGCAGUGCAUAGCCAAGUUUGAGGAACUUUUUUGGUAUGCGCCGCAUAUUAUCAACACAGAGGCUCGCAAGGCGAGAAAAUUUGAGAGGGGCCUCAGACCAAAUAUCUGGGGGAGAGUGAUAUCAGCCAAUCUUAAGGUGUUCUCUCCAUUGAUGGACCUAGCAAUGAAGAUCGAGAAGGAUUGUGAGAAGCACCAGCUAAGGAAGGAAGGGAAAGUAAGGCACCCACCAUCUGAAAAUUUUGGGAGGAAGGCUCGACCACCGCCAAAGAGAGACUUUAGGGGAAAGACUAAGCAGGGCAAUGUGAAGACCCAUAAGACUUUCCUGAGUGAUGUGAGGGAGAACCAACGCCCGACAUGCUCGUAUUGUGGGAUGCGCAACCACUCUAUAGUUGAAUGCUACAAGAACACAAGAGCGUGUUUCGGGUGUGGCAAUCCUGACCACAUGAUAAAGGCCCGCCCUAUGAUGAAGCCGAAGAACAAACUGAAGACUCAGGGUCGGGUUUUCGCACGCAUGGAGCAAGAGGCUAAGGCUUUUACCUUAGUAAUCCGAGGUAUACUCUUUGUUUGUGAUAAAGAAGCUAGAAUUCUGAUAAACCUUGGUUCUUCUCAUGCUUUUGUUGCACCUCAUUUUGCAUGUCAUCUAAAUGUUGAACCUUCACCUCUUGACUAUACUUUAUAA